CUAGUUCUUCAAUUUCACGCCCGGCUUGCGAAGCGAGGUUUUGAUCUCAGAGAAGGACGCAAAUGGGGAAGUGCCCGAACAGGAAGGUGAAGAAGAGACGUCUCUCUCACAAAACUGCUCGCCGCGACAAGUUCCUCGUGAAAGGUGACGACUUGGUUUACGCGGAGUUGCAAAAACCAGAUAUGGAGAAGAAGCUUUCGCCGCUUGACGAGGAUUUACCCGGAAUGGGCCAACACUACUGCUUACACUGCGAUCGUUACUUCUCCAAUGUAUCAGUGAGGGAUGAGCAUUUCAAGACAAAGAAACACAAGAAGCGUGUUAAGCUAUUGUCGGGGCCGGCACCUCACACACAACUUGACGCAGAAUUAGCCGCAGGAAUGGGAAUGCCUGAUAAUGGUCUAAAGCUGAUGUCUAUGUGAGCUUUUAGUUGUUUGAGUUCAUACGGAAAGAAGUAACUCACAAGCAUCAGAAUCUUAAAAAGAUUUGUUUUUUACUCUAGUAUGAUGUUGUUUUGCUAAAUUUAUACUGAUUGCAUUUGUAUAAUUGUUGGUCAUGACUGAGUGAGUUUUGCUCUUCU